AUGAAUGAAAAAAUUGAAACUGUAACAAAUGCUAUAGAAGAAGGAUCAUUAAAAGAUGAUAAUUUGGGGGUGAAAAUUGAAUCAGUGACAGAAGUCAAAGAAAGAUUAUUAAGUAAUGAUAAUAUAGGAAAGAAAACUGGAGCAUGGAAUGGUAAUCUGGGUGAUAAAAUUGAAAUC